AGUCAUAAUUGUGUAAAUAACAUUUUGAAUUUUGCUAACAAUAAAUAUAAAUUCAGGUUUUAUAUGUCACAGGAUCUUUUUUUAACUUUUGUUUGGUCGUAUUUUUUUUUAAAGGUUAGUUUGUUUUUUUUCUUAGUGUUUUAUUUUAUUUUAAGCAUCUUUUUUGGUGGUUUCUGUUUCCAGCUUCUUUUAAAGUGCCAUAUCCAUCUCCCUUUUUCUCCUCCAGCUUGCUGCUGGGAUUAUUCUGUAUUUUACACCGGCUGCUGGAGCUCACCCUGCUGUGGCCAUGAGCGCGUGCAGCAGGAAGGCCCUGACUUUGCUAAGCAGUGUCUUUGCAAUCAGUGGCCUGGGGCUGCUGGGAGUGGCAGUGAGCACCGACUACUGGCUCUACCUGGAGGAGGGAGUCAUUAUGCCUCUGAACCAGAGCACUGACAUCAAGACCUCGCUGCACUCUGGCCUCUGGAGAGUCUGCUUUCUGGCUGGUGAUGAGUCAGGUCGCUGCUUCACCAUCGAGUACAUCAUGCCAAUGAAUGUCCAGCUGACGUCAGAGUCCACAGUGAACGUGCUCAAGAUGAUCCGCUCAGCCACUCCGUUCCCUCUGGUCAGCCUCUUCUUCAUGUUCAUCGGUUUUGUCCUCAACAACAUCGGCCACGUCCGCCCUCACCGCACCAUCCUGGCAUUUGUCUCUGGAAUCUUCUUUAUCCUCUCAGGUCUGGCUCUGGUGGUGGGUCUGGUGCUGUACAUUUCCAGUAUAAAUGAUGAAAUGCUGAACAGGACGAAGAGCAGUGAGGCCUAUUUUUCCUAUAAGUACGGCUGGUCCUUUGCCUUUGCUGCCCUCUCCUUCCUGCUCACUGAGAGCGCUGGCGUCAUGUCGGUCUACCUGUUCAUGAAGCGCUACGCAGCAGAGGAGCUGUACCAGCCCCGUCAUCCCAGCUUCUACCGUCCUCGCCUCAGCAACUGCUCCGACCACUCUGGUCAGUUCCUCCACCCGGAGGCCUGGUCACGCGGACGGAGCCCCUCGGACAUCUCGAGUGAAGCUUCCCUUCAGAUGAGUACCAGCUACCCUGCUCUCCUGAAAUGUCCUGACUAUGAUCAGGUGUCCUCUUCGCCCUGCUGAGGGGCAGUUAGUAACCUACCAGUUACUAAAGAGUCACCGAGGCAUUGACAGAAGGCCAGAGUUUAAGAUACAAGGUUGAUAUUUAACUGUGAGUUUGCACCAUUACGACCGUGGUCAAGGGAUUUGGAUACCAGUCAUUUUCAGCAAGUUGUUGUUUGUUUUUCUUUUUUUUAUCAGGUCAGGAAAGAUUUUGGGGAGUUUGUUGUCGUAGCCGACACGACUGCAGAAUUUGCAGAUUUUAGAAGAAACAAUACACGGUCAUUGUGCCACUGCUUCUGCAAAGAUCUCAAAAACAUUUAAAUAAUUUUUUAUUUUCAUGUUCAGAAGGUCAAGUAUGGAUUACUUUGAACUGUAUGUUUACUGUACCUGUGCUUUUUACUUUCCAGUGCCUCACAGCUGUUUCUUUGCUUCCUUUUGUGAUUUAAAUGAGUGUGUCAUGUUUUAGGACCUUCUUGUGCAGGAUUUUUAACUGUGCUAGUAUAGAUCACAUCAGUGCAAUAACAAUAAUAUCAGAAGGCACAAUAAUAUCUGUGUUUGAUGUUUCAUUGGAUGUGCAGUUUCAAAAGCACACAUUUUGCUCAGAACUUGCUCAUGAUCACAAUCAGCAAUACGUCUGCAAUCAGAGCCAAAUGUAAAAAAAAAGAGUAGAAUGUAAAAUGUGUCUGGUCUUUUGCAGUUUGUAUUUCUACAGAGUUUCAUUUACCUCACAUUUGUGUUAAACUAUGAGCAUGUUAUUGGUUACUGUUUGCUUCAAAAAACACUUGGCUGCCUUUAUUGUCUCUUAAAACUGAUCAAAAACAAGCCAGUAAAACUACCUACCCACCUACUACAUGUGAGGCUCCGUCUCACAAAACCCUACAGACAAAGGCUGUUGUGCAGUUGAAGGGCAGUUCAUUCAGAUGUGGUUCUAAAUCUAACAUGAAGUCAUAGAUACUUCUUUUAUAUACACUGGUUUUUGUUUAUAUUUUUUACAUAUAUAUAUAUAAUAUGCCCAGAUUACAUGAAUUCAUGAUGUUGUUCCUGGUGGAGCUGCUAAGAGAUCUUUGUUAAAAGGGCGUUGCAUCUGUAAAAUAAAUGUCUGCCAUCCAGCUUUUUUUUAAGCACUUCACGUUUUACAGACUGCUGUGAUUCCAUAUUUAUCCACUGGGAGGCAGUGUUUGUCCUUUUGUUUCCUCAGCUCAUUUUUUAUCAGUGUGCAAAUCUGCAAAAACAAAACCUGAAGUAACCUUUGUUAUUUACGCACACUUAAAAUCUGAAAUACAAACACUGACUACCUAAGCUUACGCAGUGAGUCAGUCUUUGUCAUUUACAGUACUGUGCAAAAGUCUUGAGCCACCCCUGAAUUCUUUAAAAAAUAGUUUGCUUCUAAGCCUUCUGAACGUCUUUCAGCAUUUUCUUUGGACGUCGGCUGCUUUUUCACUCAUUGUCAGUUCAUUUCCUGAUCGUUUUCUGAUGAUUUAUUUUUGUUAAGUCACUUAACACUGACCGAAAAAGGCACCAAACUCAACGGAUGAACACUCGAGUUAGGUGGACUGUAUUACUAACAGCCUUUAAUAAAAACACACCCUUUUCCUAUUUCUCUAGUCAAUGCAGUUAUGCACCAACAAGGGCAUAUUUCAGCAUGGUGGGAUUUCAAAUCUACCUACAGCAGAUUAACAGUAUCUGAAAGGCAUGUUCUAUGAAAUAGGAAAUCAAAAUUGGUCCCAGUGGAUGGAUGACUGUCAAACAGGUUUUUUCCCUGAGGUACGAAAUUAGAGUAACAUUAUUGAAGCAGUGUGGGAUCAUCUUGAUGUAGGACAAAACAAAGAAGAGCUUUGAAUGUCCUUCAAGAAGCCUGGAGAACUAUUCCUGAAGACUACUUAUAGAAAUGACAAGAAAGUUUGCGUAACAGACUUCAGGUUGGUUAGAAAAUAAAGGUGGUCGUACCAAAUAUUGACUUUAGGCUUGUUAGAAUUGUACACACUCUGUUUUUGCCUUUUAGACUGUAUUUUCAUGUGUGAUGGUGCAUGUUUCAAUAAAUCGCUGCACCUAUGUCACAUUUUCCCUGCAAAAUAUAGAGAAAUAAGGGGCAGCUCAAGCCUGCUGCACAGUACUGUAACUGUGAUGUCUCGCUCUGCUUUUCUAAUAAACUGUGUUA